AUCCAAUUUAAAAUUCUGAGAGGACACAGGGAUACCGUGAGCUCCUGCCAUUUUUGUUUUGAAGACACAAAAAUACUGUCAUGCUCUUAUGAUAGAACGGUGAAGCUCUGGGAUGUUGAGAAAAGUUUUCCUAUUCAAAUUUUUGAAGAAGAACAUACUGCCCCAAUUUCUGAGUGCAGCUUGACUCCUGAUGACAGAAGAGUGGUGUCAUCGUCAUAUGAUAACACUGUCAAGGCUUGGGAUAUGGAAACAGGAAAAAUGCUUUGGACAGUAAAACAUGACGGCAUUGUAACUUCUUGUAAUAUUUCUUGUGAUGGUAGAUGUGUGGUAUCUGGUUCAGACCAAGAAAAUACCAUUUACGUUUUUGAUGCAAUAAGUGCAACAGUAGUGGCACAUGUCCAAGGUCAUCACAGAAGUACAAUCACGAGAUGUUGUUUUGAUCCUAAUAACCAAAGAGUGGCUUCAGUAUCAUACGAUAAGACCAUAAAGCUAUGGGAUAUGGUAACACGAUCCACCUCAAUUACAAUUAAUGAGGGACACAGCAAUGCUAUCUCAGAUUGCUGCUUUACCUCUGAUGGUCAUUACUUGUGCACAGCAUCCUGGGACAAAAGCUUAAAAAUAUGGGAUGUAAAGACAGGAGAAUUUCAGUGUCAUGAACCUGUUUCUUUGAACCAAGGACAUGAAGGUUCUGUUAGUUCCUGCCUUUUUAGCCAAGAUGCAUCACUUGUUGUGUCUGGUGGAUAUGACAAAACUAUAGCUGUAUGGGAUACAGAUGCAGGCUAUAAAAAGCUAAGCUUAAAGGGUCAUUGGGACUGGGUGACAGAUGUUGCAAUUAGCAAAACCAAGAAAUGGAUUCUUUCAGCCUCAAAGGAUUCUACUUUGAGAUUGUGGAAUAUUGAAAAGAUGGAUCAUAUUCCUUCAGUGAUAGAAAGCAGAAAAGCAAGAGGCUCAAAAAUUGCUCAGAUAGAAGAAUGUGAAAAACCUUUCUUAUGCCUGCAACGUAACGACUCUGAAAUGGUGUCCAAGUGUGUAUUAUGUCGUCUGUCUUCUCCAGUGAGAAAAAUUUUGCCAUUGCCACCUUUUGUUUCUCCUGAUAACUUUAAGUUCAUCUAG